AUGAAAGGGGGUGAAUACGAAUGGUGCCAUAUCAAGUUCAUGGAAGUUGAACGUCGGCCACAGAAGAUAAAUGGCAUCUUGUAUUGCCGCAUUUGUGUGGAUUACUACUAUCAUCAUGGGGAGUUCUGGGAGAGGAAUAGGGACCAAUCCGAGAUUUGGCCGCGAAGAUAUGCGGGUAUCCCAACUGCGACAUCGUUAUUUUCUGGAACGGCGAGGCCAUUGUGCCAAGCGUCGCAAUUGAUGGCAUCCUUCUAUGCUCUAGGAGAUGCUAUGCAUGGCACACUCAGCAGGAGCUUAGGGCAGGCCCAGCAGAGGUGGAGCACCCUCACAUCCACGGCUACUGCGAUUGCAACGGGUGUAAAGUCAGGGUCACUCACACCUCACCAGACGAAGAGCUUCUGCGGCGGAUCGUCGGGUUGGGCUCAUUCUGCAUCCACUGCUACGAAUUCAACAGCGACCCGGAAAAUGCCACCAAGGAACACGACCAUGUUGACGACGUAUGUGGCUGCAAUGGCUGCAUUGCCACGGAUUUGGCAGGGCGCUUACCUGACGGAAGUCGUGGCUGUUUCAAUUGUGUCAAAUACGCAAAACAUCACCCAGGCGGGGAGCACGAUCAGCAGUACCACAGGGCAAAGCCUUGCACUUGCCAGACGCCGGGACGCCCGAAGAUAG